CUUCCAUGUCCUGGUUAUUGUAAAUAGUGCUGCAGUGAACAUUGUGGUACAUGUCUCUUUUUGAAUUAUGGUUUUUGUAUGAAUAUGUUUCCUUAUAUUCUAGUGACAAGAGGCUUAUAUUUGACUAUAAAGGCAGGAUUUGCCUAGGGCAAGAUCAAAAGUGCUGCCACUGAUGAUACAUUCUUAUUUAGUGGAUUUCAAUUUUAUUAUUAAAUGUCUCAAGAAAUUUUGGAAGUCUGCUUUAGGCAUAGUUUGCUGCAAUCUUUUUUUGUUUUUGCAUGCUUUGCCCUUUUUGUGGAUGUAUGAAAUUGACAAUGAUUUCUUGAGAGUUUAUUUUCUACUCUUUUGAACUUUUAGUUCUCUCUAGUCUCCAUUUCAGCAGCAAGUGGCAGUUCAGGAGAUGGUUAUUCUACAUCAGAGGUUAGAAACAAAAUGACAUAGUGGUGGGUAUGUUUUUGGUGAUGUUAUUAGAUACACAGUUGAAAAAGAUUACUGGAAACUUGAAAAGGAAAAAAUGCAUAGAAGUUUAGUGAAAUCUUAAUAAAAAUUACCUUUUUAUUAGAGUUUAGAAAUAAGGGAUUUGCAUCCACUUUUAAGUCCUAAAGAGAAGAGGCUCAAACAGUGAUAGAAAAUAUUAGUGCAUUUUCUGAUUAAAUUUAGUUAGCCUUACUCAGUUGCUGUAUUUUUGCUUCAGUAGAAAAUACUAUUUAUAUUUUUAAUUACAAGGGAAAAAUUUUUCACUCUAAUAAAAAUUUUAAACUGGCCGAUAUUAAAGUUUUUAAGAGAAGAAACCAUGGUAGAGUGAAACAUAACUGGUUGAAACUUCGGAGGGUUUUUCUGCCUAUAUACAGAACUUUAUCCAAACCUUCCACAUAGAUAAGGAUCUGUUCUUUUUGAAAAUUUUCUACUAAAAGGCAUCUCAAAACUUAGCAACACAUUUCUAAGAUUUAGCUAUCACAAGCUGCUAAUAAAGUGGAAGGAGAUGUGGCCUAAGGGAGCCUGAAUUUAUAUCCAAGUUCGGUCAUUUAACUAGCCAUGUAAUGUGCAAAUUAUUCAAUUUGCCUGAAUCUUGUCGUAUAAAUACAAAUGCAAAUGAUGGUAUCUCGCAUUCAGUGCUGUGGUGGGGAUUAAAUGACAGGACAUGGAACUUAAUGGAUAUUUGGUAUUUUUUUCUUUGUAUUGGCAGGAAACGUGGACCUUAACAGCCUCAUCCCAACCCUCUCAUUUUGUAAGCAAGGGAAAAAAAUCGGCUCUGUAGCAGUGAUCAGUAUGUGAAUUAGAAGUCAUAAACCAUGGUUGACUCAUUUAUUCAUUCAAAAAGUAUGCCUGCCAUAUGCCAGGAUCUCUGCUAGACUCUGGGGACGUGAUGGAAUCAUCCAUCCUGCCUGUGCUAUUGGAUGAAUGGAAAACUCUGAUUUAAACAAAGUACUAACAAGGAAUUGUCCUUGAUUUCUGUACUUCGUAGCAUUCCUCAGAAUUCUUUUUACAUCUUUUCUUACUGUAAAAACUGCAUUUAAGUUAGAAAAUGAAGCAAUUGAAAAGGAAAAGGAAAAGCAAUUUCAGUGUACAAGAAACUCAGACCCUUUUGAAAGAAAUUACAAAAAGGAAAGAAGUCAUUUUUUCCAAGCAGCUCAAUACAACAAUUAAUGUGAUGAAGCGAAUGGCUUGGGAGGAGAUUGCACAGUGUGUGAAUGCUGUAGGAGAAGGAGAACAGAGAACAGGGACAGAAGUGAAAAGGAGGUACCUUGACUGGCGAGCACUUAUGAAGAGAAAGAGGAUGAAGGCGAACAUUAAGCUAGUUGGUUCGGGGUUUCCCCUUCCCACAUCCGAUUUAGAUGAUUCUCUCACUGAAGAGAUAGAUGAAAAGAUUGGAUUCCGAAAUGAUACAAAUUUUGAUUGGCAAAAUGUGGCAGAUUUCAGGGAUGCAGGUGGAUCCUUAACUGAGGUCAAAGUGGAAGAGGAAGAAAGAGAUCCACAGAGUCCUGAAUUUGAGAUUGAAGAGGAAGAAGAAAUGUUGUCAUCAGUCAUACCGGAUUCCAGGAGGGAAAGUGAACUUCCUGAUUUCCCCCACAUUGAUGAGUUUUUUACUCUGAAUUCAACACCAUCUAGGUCUGCAUAUGAUGAGCCCCAUUUGCUUGUAAACAUAGAGAAACAGAAACUAGAAUUGGAAAAACGACGGCUUGAUAUUGAGGCUGAAAGACUGCAGGUAGAGAAGGAACGCCUACAGAUUGAGAAGGAGAGGCUGCGACAGUUAGACAUGGAGCAUGAGCGGCUUCAGCUGGAGAAGGAGCGGCUGCAGAUUGAAAGAGAGAGGUUGAGGUUACAGAUAGUCACCUCAGAGAAACCAUCUUUGGAAAAUGAACUUGGUCAAGGAGAAAAGUCCGUAUAUCAACCACAGGAUAUAGAAACAGAGAAGUUAAAACUUGAGAGAGAACGCUUGCAACUAGAAAAAGAUAGGCUGCAGUUUUUAAAAUUUGAAUCAGAGAAGCUGCAGAUUGAAAAGGAGCGCUUACAAGUAGAGAAAGAGAGACUACGAAUGCAGAAGGAAGGACACUUGCAGUGAUCUAUCUAGAUCUCCAUUUAUCAAUCGUUUGUAAACCAUAGGCUUAGAUAAUAUAAAAACGGUAGCAGGAUUAGCUGUAUUUUUUUUUUCCUGUUUAGUAUUAGUAUUUUCAGGGCUUCCCUGGUGGCGCAGUGGUUGAGAGUCCACCUGCCGAUGCAGGGGACACGGGUUU